AUGAGGAAGUGCAGACUGUCACACACACACUUCCAGUCAUGGUACACACACACACACACACACACACACACACCUCUCUGAGGCAAAAUGAGAUUAAUGAAUGAAAUGUUAGUCGUGUUUUGGACUGUACCAUGUGUGAGUUUGGACUGUUCCACCUCCUGCAGGAUGCUGCUGCUCUUCUGGUUCUGCUACACAAAUACGAACUCGAGCUGCGUUCACCGAAACUACACAACCUGCACAACUUACUGCAGACGUCCGGCAGCGAGAACACACAGAUUAACGUCUCUGUAACUGACAGCGAGAGGACAGAACACAGACGGGAGACUCCUUCAGUUAGUGAGGAACGAGAAAUCUGCACGGGCUGCGGUGUCGUCCUCGUCCCCGAGGACGCUCCGUAUUUAGAGAUCCUCGGCAUUGGAGAGAAGAGAGAUGAUGUGAGGAGAGAGAGAGAAGAGGAGGAGAGGAGAGGAGGAGGAAGAGAGAGAGAAGAGGAGGAGAGGAGAGGAGGAAGAGAGGGAGAAGAGGAGGAGAGGAGAGGAGGAAGAGAGGGAGAAGAGGAGGAGAGGAGAGGAGGAAGAGAGGGAGAAGAGGAGGAGAGGAGAGGAGGAAGAGAGGAAGAAGAGAAGAAGAACGUGGAUGCUGUAGAGAAACAGGGAUCCCUGAUCACACUGGCCUGGAGCAAACCAGCAAGCAACAAUACACAGGAAGUGACCUCAGCUCUACCUGAAGCACGGGCCACAGAGGCGACGUCUGCAGACUCACACACUCCGGACCACACACACUCGGGUUUAUCCCAGCACGAACACACACCGCGUGCACAGGCACACACACUCGUGGAGCCGCUACAGGAGCAGUCCACAUCCAGCAUGGUUCUGCUUUCACUCCUACGCUUACACUCGUCUUUCCUCCUUCCCUUCACACCUCCAGCGCUUUUCCUUUAA